UAGGGUUUUUUCUUUUGUCAGAAAGAGCUCGGAAUCUGAGAGCUUUAAUGGUGCGGUGGGUUCCGUAAAGAGCACCAUAACAACGAUAAAUGGAAAACUCAGACUCUGACGAGCCAGAGAAGAAGAGGCCUCAUUUAAACUCACUUUCGCCCACCAUGGCUCGUAGCUCCACCACUUCUCCACCCAAUAACCAUAGCGUCGAUGCAGCAGUUCUCCAGUACCAGAACCAGAGACUUCUAUACGUGCCACCUUUUGAUUGUGUGUUGAAUAUGUAAAUUUUCUGUUAUGGGUGACAGGUGAGCUGGAUGACACACUACUACAAUUUAGUUAAACUACGACUCAAAAUAGACGACGGUUCACUUUAAAAUCGUCGUUGUGUUUCAAAAGACGACGGUUUUACAAAACCGUCGUAAUAUAUCAUCUUAUACAACCCUAAAAUGGGUUGAUUUUAAAACAUGGCGCUUGUCAAUUAACCAGCGUCGUCUUUUAAAACACGCUAAACAAAAGGAGCUGCUUAAGUGAAUUCUCCCUCGACCUAAAAUUCAGAUUUCCCCCCGUCUGUGUGAAAACCUAAUCUCUCCCUCCUUGAAACCUCAUGAGCUCUUCUCUCUCUUUCCGUGAAACCCUCUCUGAAACACUCCUUCUCUUAGGAUUAUUUUCUAUAAUUUUUGAAGAAUCAAUUUCUAUAUUCCUAAUAUGAUUUAGGGUUAAAAUAUUUGGGUGUUUAAUUGUAAAUUAUCUGGGCAAAUUGUUAUAUUUUUGUAAAUAUUUUCGAUUUAUAUAGAAAUUAAGGCAACUUUUCUGAAUUUUUGUUUUUUUGUUUUAGGGAUUUAUAUAUGUGUGAAUCAGAAAGGUGAGAAUCUACAAAAAUAUAACUUCUAUUGUUAUGCCCUUCUAUGGUUAUCAUUAUGCUCUUCAAAAUUUUGCUUGGCUUAUAUAUGUCCCAUGAUCUUAGUCCCUUAUUUAUGAAUUUGGUAUCCAUAAAAGGCCUUAUCUCCUCAAAGCUGAAAGACUUUAACCAUGGCACCCUCCCUUUUCUCUCUGCUGCUCCUCUGCCCCUGCAUCGUUUGCAUUGAUCUGGUUCGUGGUGCAAAGGACAAGAGGCUCCGGGUUAAGGGACCCGUGAGAAUGCCAACCAAGAUUCUGCACAUUACCACCAGGAAGUCCCCUUGUGGUGAAGGUUUUAGGUAGGUUUAACCGUGCUCGAGCAGCUAGACUGACCCUCCCUCACUUCGUGUGCCAGACGCCUCUUUUCAUGCCUGUGGGAACACAAGGAACUAUAAAAGGGUUGACAACUGAACAGCUUGAAGAGAUUGGUUGCCAAAUAAUACUGGGGAAUACAUAUCAUUUGGCACUUCGUCCUACCUCUGAGCUUAUUGAUGAUUUGGGAGGUCUCCACAAAUUUAUGAACUGGCCAAGAGCAUUGCUUACUGAUUCUGGUGGCUUUCAGAUGGUUUCAUUAUUGCAUUUAGCUGACAUCACUGAAGAGGGUGUAACAUUUCAGUCACCAGUUGAUGGGAAGCCAAUGCUCUUGACACCUGAAGAGUCAAUUCAAAUCCAAAACCGAAUUGGAGCAGAUAUUAUUAUGGCCCUUGAUGAUGUAGUCAAAACCACCAUCACUGGUCCAAGAAUUGAGGAGGCCACAUAUCGCACUAUACGAUGGAUAGACAGAUGUAUUGAAGCUCAUAAGAGACCAAAUGAGCAGAACUUAUUUGGUAUUGUACAAGGUGGCUUAGAUCCUGUACUAAGGGAUAUAUGUGUUAGAGGCUUGGUGGAUCGGAAUUUACCCGGCUAUGCUAUUGGUGGUCUUGCUGGUGGUGAAAGUAAGGAUUCAUUUUGGCGUGUUGUUGCACAGUGCACGGCUUCAUUGCCUGAAGAGAAACCACGAUAUGUUAUGGGUGUUGGUUAUCCACUGGAUAUUGUAGUUUGCAGUGCUCUAGGUGCUGACAUGUAUGACUGUGUUUAUCCUACACGUACUGCUCGAUUUGGUACAGCUCUUGUACCCGAGGGAGUGCUCAAACUCAAACACAAAGCGAUGGCUGAUGAUACCCGUCCCAUUGAUCCUACAUGUGAUUGUAUGGUCUGCAAAAAUUAUACUAGAGCUUACAUUCAUUGCCUGGUUACAAAAGAUGCUAUGGGAUCUCAGCUUCUGUCAUAUCACAAUUUGUAUUACAUGUUGAAGCUAAGUAGAAAUCUGCACUCAUCAAUAAUCAAGGGAAGGUUUCCAGAGUUUGUACGUGAAUUUCUGCAAACCAUGUUUCCGAAAGGUGAUGUCCCUGAAUGGGUCUGCAAUGCCAUGGAGGUUGCUGGAAUCGAUAUCUCUUCCUGCUGCACUCCAUUUUCAUCACCCCAAGAUUAGGAAAUACGAAUGUACACCCAACACAGGUUAGGCUUAUGCAAAUUUUGACACAAGAGGUUGACAUUGAGGAAAUGUAGACUAGGUAAGGGCAACAUAAAUUUUUGUUGUCCUUAUUUUGUUUCACUAGAAAUUAUAGGAUGAUCUUAUCCGCCAGUUUUGUCUCUUUUGAUUGAUUAAACACAUUGCCGCUUUAGCUGCAAGAGAUAUGAUUCUAGAGCCCCAUUAAAUCUAAGAUAGAAUAUUUGGUUUACGGUAUGGGGGAAAGGCAUGUAUAUGUGAUAAGAGUCUUAUCAAUUUAGGAUGAUCUUAUCCUCCAGUUUUAUCAAUUUGCUUUAGAAUAGGAUCCAACAAAGAUUAUGUUUCGAUUUGUGUUCCCUCUCUUCACUUCUUGUAACUUAAACAAUACAAAAUCAAAUGCAGUUAACAAAUUACCAUA